AUUAUUUCUAGAUCUCCAUUUUCUUAUCUUGGCUACUUUGGAUAUUGUAACUAAUAAAACAAACCAUCAUUUUUUUCAGAAGAUCGUAUGAAGGCUAUCACAGAAAUUUCAUCCCUUCAAGCAAUCAUAUUGAACUCGCAAUUGAAAGACAUUUUGUGGAAUAUUGGUUCUCAAGAUAUGUCUUAUGGGGUGUGCAAGCCUAUCAAACUUGUCUAUCACCCAAGAGAGCCAUUUUUCAUCAUAGGACUGCCAGAUAAGUUAACUGCCAUACUUCCCAUGCGUUUAAAGGAUUACUCUGACGUUAUUCUAGCAACAGCUUUCUUUCAGGAACUAACCGAUGUUGGACAUUCAUCUGCUUACGCCAAGGCACCACAUUGUACAUGGUCACCAAUACCUCCUCCGGAAUUAAGAGGGGAGAAUUUCCAGUAUUUGACUACUAAUGGAGGAUUUGUAUCUUUUGAGAUUCUUCCUCAUCAUGUUAAAGGUGAAAGAGCUGAUAAGGUUAUCUGGAUUCUACUGAACUUUGAUGCAUACGUUAAAUACCAUGUGAAGGUCAGUAGCAUGACAUUACGAUACUAGUCAAUCAAAUAUCUUUUUUAAAACUCUAAAGCCUAACUAAAUUUUCAGCAGUGCACAAGAGGCUUCAUUCAAAGAAAGAUGAGACAGCGUAUGGCAAGUUUGACAGAGGUAAACCCUACUUAUCAUUAAGGACUUCAUUUACAAGGCUAUGGAAAUAGUUUUAAUCGCCGAGGACCCACAACUUUUAAAUUUAAUUGAAUGUAAAGGGGAGAAAUUCCACCAUUAAAUAUGAUCUACACUAGUUUAAAAUCCAAGAAUUUAUGCUUUGUCUAAGUUAAAGAAAAAAAGAAAAUAAAUGACAGACCUGUAGACACAAUGUUUUCGUUGGAUGAUAUGAGAAAUUUAUAGUAAAAUCUGGGUGUAGAUGAAUGGCCAUUUUCCUACACUUUUGUUACAGCAUGCAUGGAUAUGCCUGGUAUGCCACCAUUAUUGAAAUAAUCAUUUCUCACUUCUAAGGACUGCCUUUGAAAAGCAUGCAUAAACAGUAGGUAAGCUAAAGAAAACAGCUAUGUCGCAGCUUCAAUUCCUGUCUAUCAUUUUCAUUUAUUUCAUUAGAUUGAUCCAAAUUUCAUGAUGCAGAAUACAUUCUUGAGAUAACAAUUUCAUCACAGGUUAAGAGGAGAACUGAUAAUGAAUCAUUUGUAUUUACAGGUGAUACAAAAUGCAAGGAUUGGAAGAGAGGCGGAUGAUAAUAGAAUCCAAAGUAGGUAAUUCUAUAUGAAGCAAUACAAAUUAGUUCAAGCAACUAGUUUAAUAAAUCUCCUUGCAGUUCAACCAUUCAGUUUAAGCAUUCAUUAAGAAAUGAUGAUAGGCUAGAACUCUUAUUAAACCAAGCAUAAAAAAGUAUACAUGCAAGCAUGAAAGCUACAUAAAAGUAAAGGGCCAGAA